AUGGUUCUGGUGCUUCAUUCGAAUAAGUUUGGUGGUCAUAUUCCUCUGGAGCUUUGUCAACAAACUUCCCUUCAAAUCUUGGACCUUGGAAAUAACAACUUCUCAGGAUCUAUUCCAAGAUGCUUUGGUAAUUUCACCGCGAUGAUGAGACAAGAAGGCUACGACAGAAUCUUUGAUUUUGGCCCACCAAACGGAGGAUACUCACAGAAAGCAUUCUUGGUAACGAAGGGAAUGGAGUAUGAAUAUAGAAAUACACUGCCUCUCGUCAUAAGCAUGGACCUCUCGAGCAACAAUUUAGUUGGAGAAAUCCCUGAGGAACUCACCACUCUCAUCGGCCUGCGAUUCUUGAACUUCUCCCACAAUCAACUCCACGGAAAGAUUCCAGACAAGAUCAAUGCCGUGAAAUUAUUGGAGUCUCUCGAUGUCUCAAUGAAUCAACUCACCGGUGUAAUACCUCAAAGCAUGGCGAAUUUAACAUUCUUGAGUCAGUUAAACUUGUCGUACAAUAACUUAUCUGGCAGAAUUCCCUCAAGUACUCAGUUACGAAGCUUCAGUGCACUGAGUUUCAUAGGCAACCAUGAUCUUUGUGGAGCUCCACUUACAACCAGCUGCAAUGGGGAUGACACGCCCUUGGUGUCAACAACGAGUCCAAACGUUGAAGAUGAAGGCAGCGAGGAUAGCGGAUGGAUUGAGAUGAAGUGGUUUUAUAUUAGCAUGCCAUUGGGAUUUGCAGUGGGGUUUUGGGCUGUAAUUGGUCCAUUGGCAUUCAGGAAGGAUUGGAGAUCUGCUUACUUCAAGUUUUUCGAUGACAUCAAGUAUAAACUCAUGUUUGGUGGUGUUUGA